UUUGAAAAAUCGCUCUAUGACCUGAUCAAGGGUCUUCGGAACCAUAAAGGAGGGGAGGAUGAGUACGUUCAAGCCUGUCUGCGCGAAUGCAAGGCGGAGAUCAAGUUGCAGGACAUAGACAAAAAGGCAACGGCACUCCUGAAGCUUAUCUAUCUAGAGAUGUUUGGAUAUGAUAUGUCAUGGGCAUCGUUUCAUGUCCUCGAAGUCAUGUCAUCCGCGAAGUACCUACAGAAACGAGUAGGAUAUCUUGGAGCCGUUCAAAGUUUCCGACCCGAUACUGAAGUCCUGAUGCUUGCAACGAACAUGCUGAAAAAGGACAUCGUGUCUCCUAAUAUCCUCACUCUAUCACUCCCAUUGGCCACUCUGCCGCACAUCAUUACACCCUCGCUUGCCAUUUCCUUGCUUCCUGAUAUUAUGUCUCGUCUCUCUCAUUCAAGCGCGGUUGUCCGGAAGAAGUCUGUUGUGUGUCUCUACCGGCUCGCCCUGGUUUACCCGGAUGCGCUGAAGCUAGCGUGGCCGAAGAUCAAGGAUCAUCUCAUGGAUGAACAGGAAGAUAGUAGCGUGACCACUGCGGCUAUCAAUGUCGUAUGCGAGCUUGGCUGGAGGCGGCCUCACGACUUUCUUCCUUUGGCUCCCAGAUUCUUUGAACUCCUCGUGGACAGUGGCAAUAAUUGGAUGGCCAUCAAGAUUAUCAAGUUGUUUGCUACCCUAACUCCGCUGGAGCCACGACUAACACGGAAGCUUCUUCGGCCGUUGACAAAUAUAAUUCAAACUACGACGGCAAUGUCCUUGCUUUACGAGUGCAUCAAUGGUAUUAUUCAAGGAGGCAUUCUAGAUGGCGAGGAAAAUGUCCAAGAGCGAGAUGAAGUUGCCGCUCUCUGUAUCGGGAAGCUGCGAGGAAUGAUUGUCAUGGACUCGGAUCCUAAUCUGAAAUAUGUGGCACUCCUGGCGUUGAAUCGCAUCGUGACAACCCAUUCCAUGUUGGUGUCGAUGCAACAAGAUGUUAUUAUGGACUGUCUGGACGAUCUAGAUGUUUCUAUCCGGCUUCAGGCCCUAGAACUUGCCGCUGGGAUGAUUACCAGUGAUACUCUUCAGGCAGUUGUUAACCGUCUUGUUGGUCAGCUUCAACUGACCUCUUCACAAGACGGAAUGGAUCCCACGGCAGAGUCUGAUCCCCACGAAGAGGGCUCUGACGGUUGGAAAGGCCCAAAUAGAGUCACGGAUGCACUCAACAUGCCCAACGACUAUCGAUCAGAGAUUGUUCACCGCAUUUUGGAUAUGUGCUCCCAGAACAAUUAUUCAGACAUCGUGGAUUUCGAGUGGUAUGUCGGCAUUCUGGUUCAGCUGGUUAGACUUCUCCCUCCAUCGGACGUGCACGACAACUGGCCUGAUCCCAUGACAGGAGGUCAGGGGGGCUCAAUUGGUUGGAGAGCGACUGUUGCUUCUCGAAUUGGAUCUGAAAUACGCAAUAUUGCAGUUCGUGUGAAGGGGGUGCGUCCGGAGGCUACCCGGGCGGCAGAAUCUCUGCUGCUUAUUGAUAAUAGAUCGUUACUAUUUCCCGCCUCGUCAAAUGUCGGGGAUGAUGUCUUGGGUCCCAUUGCAUGGGUCGCUGGGGAAUAUGCGGAUCAUCUUCAGUCACCGAGCCGAACUCUUCAGUCUUUGAUUGACCCUUCCACCCUCCCUUUGCCCCCAAAUACAGUUCAGCUGUUUUUACAGGCCAUUCCCAAAGUUUUGAUUCAAGUGAAUCAGUCCUACGAGUCAAAAGAUACGUGGAGGAGUGAAAUCUCCCUUCUCCUAGCGCGGGUUGUUGAUUUUCUCGAAACAUUAGCCGCCCAUCCGGACUUGGACGUCCAAGAGCGAGCGAUUGAGUUUCUGGAAGUUCUUCGUUUAGGGGCCGAGUCACUGCACUCUGAAACCGAGGGUAUUCCAUUUCUUCUAGCUUCUGUCAUCCCAAACCUAUUCACAGGAUUGGAACUCAACCCAGUCGCAGCUAGCGCUCAAAAAAGGGUGGUGUUACCCCCUAAUCUUCAUCUGGAUGAAGCAUUUAACGAUGAUCUACCAGGUCUCUUCCAGAGAUCUGGGGGCUCUCUUGUUGAAACCACCCAGCAACGUGUUUCCCAGCAAUUUUACUAUAUCGCUGAUAUCAGCCCGCCUUUCCACAAGCAGCCUCACGGGCAGCUAGGAGCCGCUGAAAUCCAACUUGACAAUUCCUAUCAGAAUCUCACCGGGUUGGCAGAUCAGCCAGUUACAACAGAUAAGAGAAAGGUCUACCGCCGGGAGCGGUAUCGGGAUGAUCCCUUCUACAUUGCCCCGUUGGAUCCAUCAUCCGGCACACCCACCCCGCACCACGAUGUUCCUUAUGCUUCCAAAAGUGAUGCAUUAGACAUCGAUUCAAUCCCCAUCGUUGAUUUGAAAUUAGAUGAUGAACCGUUGAGGCGAGGGUACCGCGAUCCCUUAGGGAACCGGCGGGUACCUUCUACCAUAAAAAUGGAAGUUGCUGCAGACGAAACAUUUGGGCCCGAAAGCCCAGCGCCUCUUGAUCACUCCUCGAGAGCGGUAGGAGGGGUAAGUCUGAAACGUUCAGUACUACAAGUCGACUCCAGCGGGCUCGGACAUCUUGCAUCUGAAACAAAUGGUGGUCAAAGCCCCAUCCUCGCCCCAGGUGAUGAGGAUAUCGAGAUGAAGAGAGCAAUGCAGGAUGUGGAGCAGGUGCGCCUGCGUAUGCAACGGGCAUCAGAGCGAAUCGAGUUAGAGGGAACACCUGCGGAAGGUACCCUUGUGAAGAGGAAGAAGAAGAAGAAGGAAAAGACGGGCCAGGCUGCUGAUCAGUCUGGGGAAACAAGGAAGAAGAAGAAGAAGAAGAAGGAGGAGGAGGAAGCGCAUGAAUGA